AUGCUCGUGUUUCAGUUCAGUCACUCAAUGCCUCUGAGGCCCAGUGGUAGUCGGUACGUACGCGCGAUAACCGCCGCCGGGCAACGUCGCUAGUCGACGAACUUUAUUUAUUUAAUUAAUUUUUUUUAAUUUAUUUUUUAUACUUUUGUUAGUUUGUUUGCGUUCGGAAAAAUGGAACUAUUAAAAAUAGUGUUGUGCUCUUUAUGUUUGGGUUUUGUUUCGUGCGGAUCGGAGAGCUACAAGGCAGCCGUGGUGGACUUCGCGAAGGCCGAUGUAAUCAGCAGCAAUAAAUACGCCGCGCUGAUACGCGAAGCAGCUCAAUCAAAAGUCGAUCUGUUGGUGCUCCCUACGCCAAAGGACGUAGCCAAAACUACUCUUGAAUCCUGCGUCAAUGGAUUAGAAAAUUAUGAUGAGGUCGUGAAGUCGGUGUCAGCAGCGGCGAAGCACGCUCAAAUGUACGUGGUAGCGCCACUGUACGAGAAGAUACACUGCCAGAACAAGGAGGAACUGGUCGCCAGCACUCUGGUCUUUGAUAGAAAUGGAGCUGUUAUUUCUGUGCACAGGAAACCCGUAAACAGCUUCACAAAAUGCAACACGACAACUUCAAGGCUAGGUCGCUUCAUCACCGACUUCGGGCUCACGUUUGGGGUCAUCGUGGAGGAAGACCUGCUUCUGACCAAAGCUCAAGAGAUCGAGGGCAUCAAGAACUUCGUUGUUACUGACAACGUUUUGUCCAAGAGACCUUUCUUAUUUGGCAAGCAGUUCCCGUCUUCCUGGGCGUUUGCGAACAAUGUCAAUGUGGUAUCAGCCAGUGGCAUCAUUAGUACUCAAGAUGUCCACGAGAGAAAUUCCCCUCUGAUUGUUGCUACACUCGAGAAAAAUGGAAUUGGUAAAUCCACCCUUAUCGCCGGCCCUCCCGCCUCGUUCCCAAAUGACGAGCUGAGUCAAUACGUGACCCGGCCUUUGAACUUGGAAGCCAGUACGCGGGGCUACAGCGACUCAGUGUGCCACGGAACAUUCUGCUGUCAGUUCUACGUGAAGACCAGUGUUAUUGGUACAACCCCACAAGAUGUCGGCUACAACCUCGUGGCAUUUGAGGGGAUCCACCAAACUGGUUCCAGCAAUAUCGGAGUGCAGACUUGCUCAGUAGUGGCCUGCGCAGGGUUGGACAAGCGCUCGUGCUUUAUUGCAUCCGAAAACAACACCACAAAUAUCAAAUUCAACGAAAUAUCCAUCAACGCGAACUUCUCCAAAGAAAACUCAGCCCAGUUCCCCACCAUCUCAACCACUACUCAAACUGUGUUUAACAACGAAAACCUUAAGUUUACAAUCGAUAACAAAGAUUAUAAACAUGUAACUACUAAAAUAUAUGACGCUGAGAAUAUUUUCGCUUUUGGUAUUAUUGGUAGAGAUUACUCUAAAGAUUUUGAAAAUAACAGCGAUAGUAAUAAGGAUGGUGUGAUUUUAGAUUUUUCUGAAUACAUUUCGUAUGAAAAUGUUCAGGAAUUCUUUGAUUACGUCUGGAUUAGGUUGAGGGUAGUUAUUUUUAUUGUUUCCGUUUAUAUAUUAGAAAUGAUGUGAGUAAGGAAAAUGUUGCUUUUCGUAGGGAAUUUUGAGGAAAUAUUGUGUAUCCUAUAAAAUAGUAAUUACUUUGUCCGAUACUUUUGUUAAUUUUAAUUCGGUAGGAAAUGGCAUGAUUUAAGCAGUGAUAUCCUUUUCACUGUCUCCUGCAGAGAAGACUGCAUCAUUUUUGGUUCUUUAGUUUUGUGCGAUUAAUUUAAUUUUGUUAUCCCACCUACUAGCAUUUUUCUUGCCUUGUUUCGAAAGUUUUUGAAAUCGUCUUUUAUUGAAAUUGCACUUAGGUAUUUUUGCUGCAUACAAGAUAAGAAAAAGGUUGAAAAGUUUUGUGUGUGUUUGAGUUUGUGAUUUUUGGUUAGUCAAUAUUUUUUCAUCAAAACAUGAAUAAGGUAUUCUACAAAACUUUUUUGACUUAGGUCAAAAUAGUUUUGUAAUUUUUAGAAUAAGUAUAACUAUAGCUGAGAAGUGUAUUUUUCUUUCAUUUUUUUGCGAGCACACAACUUUUGUUUAUUAAUUAUAGCUAAAAUUUUGAUAAAAAAUCAUACCAAUGUUCUAAAAAUAAGAAUAAGGCUGAAAAUUAUAAUAUGUAGUUACCUAAGUUAUUUUUGUUACGUUAAAACUUAUAAAUUACAAGGUAUGUACUGGAUAUAUGAGUGAAUAUACGACUGAACUCUGUGAUAUUAGUAAUAUGGGAGUGUGAGUGAAAAUAAAAAUUUUUUUCUAUGAAA